CUUCCUCUUAGAGGCGCUGCUUUCUUUGCCCCCGUCACCAGUAUGAGCUCUCUGGCUGACGAAGAGCAGGGGAGAACAACAGGCGUGGGGAGGCAACAAGAAAAAAAAUAAACAAACAACUACCACCAGCACAUCUGAUAACCACAAGAUACUGAGAAGAAGCAUGGAGAAGCCUGUACAAACUCCUCAGCCAGCUCCCCGGCGAAUCUCCCAGGAGAGACAGAGGAUCACGGGUCUGCCACUGUACUUCCAAGGUUACCUGUCAGUCCGGCACGUGAAAUCCCAGGAAUUUAGAGCGUAUUGGACAGAACUGAGAGGAACUGUGCUCUUCUUUUAUGAUGAUAAGAAAGCACCAACAUACUCACAGAAGCUAGAUAUAUCAGCUUUGACCUCAGCAACCAAUAUUUAUCCAAAUGAAAACGACUCUUCACAGUUCAUCCUGACAUUGUCAAAUGAGGAACUAGAAGUGAAGGCUGAUAACUGUGAAUAUGGAAAAGAAUGGAAGGGUUUUAUUCUCACCGUGGCAAAGUUGUCAGUUCCACCGGAUGAGUUAUUGCUACCUGAACAACUUACGAGAAUGCACGAAGUGCUAGAGAAAGAAAAGAAAAGAAGGAUCACGCUUGAUGACCAUUCCAAUGCGUCCUUGAAUAAAGAAAGCCUUCACGAAAGCCUUCCCAGCAAGGACAACAGCAGUACAGCCACUGCUAUGCCAGCCUGCUUCUAUGCAGUAUCUCGGAAAGAAGCGAUAGAGAUGUUGGAAAAGAAUCCUUCCUGUGGGAAUUUGAUCCUGCGUCCUGGCAGCGACAGCAAGAACUAUGCAAUCACUGUCCGACAUGGGCCAAAUGUCCCAUGCAUAAAACACUACAGAGUGAUGUCUAAAGAAACAAGUUACAUUAUUGAAUUGGAAAGAAAGGUGUCACUUGCAAGUCUUCAGGAUGUCAUCAAUUACUUUGUGACCCAAACCCAAGGAAACCUGAAACCAUUUGUCAUGGGGGCAUGCCACAAUGCUCUGCGGACGGCCCACAGUUCUGAAAGCAAAACACAGAGAAGCCCUGCUGAAGGACAGAGGCACAAGGAGGAGCUUACAGGAACUCCACUAUUACAGCUAAGCUGAAAGCAUUUCCCAUGCUGAAAUUCAGUUCCUUUCUUCAAACAACUAGCCACAAUAUUUCCAAAGAUACAAGGAAAGGUUAAGAAUGUGAACUUACCUAAAGCCUUUACCUCUGAUACAAGCCAGAUGUACAUAUAAACAUUGCCUAGCUGAAACCUGUGUUAUUUUAGGAUGCAAGAGAUUGUGAUGAGGUGGCACGGGUGUUUCAGCAUUGGUAGAAACUGGUGCCAGUUUUCUUUCUAUGCAGUCAUUAUUCUUGAAUAGCACUUUUUAAAAUAAAUGUUCACAUAUUUACCAUA